AUGGCGAAUACUCCAUUUUACAGAGUUCUUGGCAUAUGGAGUGUUGUUCUUCUUUUUUUAAUCUUCUUAGUCAUUCGACUGGAUAAAGAAACAGACUGGUUCUGGUUCAUCAUCUUCAUACCAUUUCUGAUCUUUGAUUGCUUAGUGAUUUUUUACAUUAUGCUUCGAAUUUGUCGUCACUUAAAAGAUGGCGUAGACCCGAAUCGUUUUACCAUCGCAAGGAAGUUUUGGUUCUUGUUCCUGGUUGCUGCAAAACUUAGUUUUAUUAUUAUACUGUGUUGCAGACUUGAGGAUAUCAUAACUGCAUCGUAUUUCGUGGUGUUUAUUCCUCUAUGGAUAUUCCUAUUGGGCCUCGGUUGUGAUGCUUCUGUGUGGGUUUGGGUUUUAGCGAAUGCCAGAGGAUGA